ACUCCGGAGCAGAAGGUGGCGGCAAUACACUAACAAGCUGGAUGCCAACUAGAAGACAGAGGAAGAAGGAGAAGGGAAAAAAAAGAAAGAAGAAGAAAACAAUAAUCCUCUGAUUCCGACUGUGACAGCUGUGGUUCUGUAAUUUAUGGUCUGGCUAUACCAUAUCGGCACAUUACACAUUGUUUAUUAUUUGUAUUUUGUGCCUUUCCAAAUUUGACAACAGCGCCAGACGGCCUGACGAACUGCCGUGAGCGUGUCUCUCCAGCUCCCUCUUUCGCCGGCCAGCUGACGGAGCCCGGAGCUCGAUAGCCAGCUAACGUUAGCUAGCUUCGCUGUCUUUCCAGUCGAACUGCCCUUUGUCUUUACGAGCAAGUCCGCUAUCUGGGAGCGCCUCUCCUCUGCUGUUAGUCGACACUGGCUCUGGCAAACAAGAAAUUCAACUUUGCUUCGCCUGACAAAGGGUUCAGCAGACCAAGAUAGGCGGCUUGGGAAGCAAGAUGUCGAACCGAGUGGUGUGCAGAGAAGCGAGUCACGCCGGGAGCUGGUACUCUGCUUCGGGAUCCCAGCUGAACGCACAACUAGAAGGCUGGCUGUCCAAAGCAGAGUCCACAAUCAGACCUGCAAGAGCCAUCAUAGCGCCGCAUGCUGGGUAUACCUACUGUGGUGGUUGUGCAGCAUAUGCAUACAAGCAGGUUGAUCCCUCUGUUACUCGUAGGGUGUUCAUCCUGGGACCUUCACACCAUGUGCCCCUCUCCCGCUGUGCCCUGUCACCUGCAGAGAUCUAUAGAACACCUCUCUAUGACCUGAGAAUCGACCACAAGGUUUAUGCUGACCUCUGGAAAACUGGGUUGUUUGAGCGGAUGAGUCUGCAAACAGAUGAAGAUGAGCACAGUAUUGAAAUGCACUUGCCUUACACUGCUAAAGCCAUGGAGAGCCACAAGGACGAGUUUAGCAUCGUCCCUGUGCUUGUGGGUGCCCUGAGUGAGUCCAAGGAACAGGAAUAUGGGAAGCUCCUCAGCAAGUACCUGGCAGACCCUUCCAACCUUUUCAUUAUCUCAUCCGACUUCUGCCACUGGGGUCAACGGUUCCGCUACACAUACUAUGAUGAAUCUCAAGGGGAGAUCCACAGGUCUAUCGAGCAUCUUGAUAAAAUGGGGAUGGGCAUUAUAGAACAGCUGGAUCCCAUGUCUUUCACCAACUACUUGAAGAAGUACCGCAACACCAUCUGUGGGCGUCACCCAAUUGGAGUGCUUCUAAAUGCUGUGGCUGAGCUGAGGAAGUCUGGCUUAGAAAUGGACUUUUCUUUCCUGAACUACGCCCAAUCGAGUGAGUGCAGGAACUGGCAGGACAGCUCCGUGAGUUACGCUGCUGGGGCUCUCAUCGCUCAUUGAGGUCGACUUUCGCAGGGGCCACCGCAGCACCGCCGUCCUGCCCUCACUGUCUAUCGCCAUAACCCAACCCACGCCCCAGUUACACCCAUUAUUUGCAGAAAGGACCUAGACACUCAAAGCCAAUAUAGUCUUCUUUCUCUCUCUCCCUCAGCUCUCCUCUGCCUUUCUCCACCCUCCUCUCAGUUUUGAUGUGUGUCUCGGAGCUUAUAGUUGAAAUAUUUAGCUUGAAGUGCAGUUUUGAGAUCAUGGAGGUGCAAAUGGUUAGAGAAGAAAGGAACAGUGCGUAUUGUUUUGUGUUCCGAGUAAGCGUUGGGAGGGGGAGAUCUUAAAUGGGUUCAGUCCCAUUUCGAUUUUCCUGACAACAAUGGAUUUGAGAGGUAAUAAUGCAAUCGUUACAUUUGGGCUCUUGGCGAUCUGUGCUCAUGUAAUUUGUCUCGGAAAAGGAAUGAAAAAUAAAAAUUGUAGAUCUUAUGGCGCAUUUUUAAAUGUUGCCAGAAGAAAAUGUAAUGAGUAUUUUGACUGCCUGCUUCAUGCGACUUAAACUCUGAAGACGGUGUCAUCGGUAGUUGACCAUUCAACAUGUUGUAGUUGCUAACAAAGGGCUGCACCCAAAACAGUUCACUAACUCUCCCCAUUGUACAAACCAAAAUUUUUAUUAGUCUUACUUUAUCAAAUGUUAUCUUUAAUUCAUAUGUUAUUCCUUUUUAUUUCUCCCCUUCUCAAUAGUAGACAUGAAAGUAUUUACUCAAGUAGUGUGGUCAGUUAAGCUCUAAAGCCAUCAACAUCAUCUGCCCAAUACAUUUCUUCCAGAUUCCAAUUAUAUGCCUGUAGCAUGAGAGACAUAUUUUGCGGGGGGGGCCAGAAUCCAGUUGUUGGUACUACAGAAAUGUAAUCCAAGCUGGAUAUUGUGUAAAUUACUGCAACACUGACACCUCUAGUCUUUGUUUACACUGUCACCUUGAAUCUCUGGAGUUAAUGAGUUGUUAGGAGAUUCGGGGGGAACAUUUGUUUUUGCUAAUCUUGUAGAAAAUAUCUUUUGUUACACAUUCAGUUCAGCAACGUCCACCUGAUCUGCUUAAGUUGUUGGAAAUGUUAUUAGAGAUUUUCACUAGGUAGUUAUCUACAUCUUUGUGUCUGUUGAUACAUUUUGAUUUAAGAAUGCCAAAAGUUAUUGAGAAAAUACAAGUCAUCCUUAUUUAAAGGUUUUCUUUCCAGUGUAGUUGCGGUCAACUAAAAACAAGUAAUAUAUGGCCCAAGCUUUAAGAUCAGCACAAAGUCAUGCUUAAACCUUAUAGAAAUAAGGUUCACGAAUCUUAUCGAGGAAAGAGACAAUUGUUCCACGCUGUAUUUUGGAAUCUAUUAAAAAAACAAACAUAUUCACUGAAUGAAAUGUCAAGCAUGAGGAUCACUUUUUAAUAACGGAAGAAAAAGUGUUUCUUUUUCAUUUGUUGCAAAGUAAUAUACCAUGUGCUCCUGCUGCCUGGAGUUAUCCGAAUAUGUUGAAAGAUUAACAAACUGCGUACAAAAGCUGAAUGCAAAAACCCGAUGAUCCACAGCGCCAGUACGGGCUUUCAAUGACAACAUGACCCACUGUCUGCUGUUAUUGAAAUAUCACUGACUUACUGUUACUGAUGCGGUCCUCUUCACAUUGGGCCGUCCCUCUCGGCACCAUAAGAGUGCACUGAGCAUUUAUGUCCGGCUGAAAGAUGAAUCCUCCGACUCACUCGACCUCUGACGUUAAUUCGAGGGAAACUGGUAAAGCAUGAUGAUA